GGGGCGGGGGCCCUGGAAGGAGCGGGAGUUCAAGCCGAGCAGGGACGGGGCUAGGGGUCGGGGGGUGGGGGCAGAAAGCUGAAGCUGACACUCGUGCAUCCGGACACCGCACGAGCAUCGCCUGUGACAGCGCCCCGGGUCCGGUGGAGGGCAGCGGGGGGAGGAGGGAAGGAGGAGGAGAAGGAGGAGGAGGCGGGAGCAGCAUCCGGAGCGGAGCUGCAGCAGCGCCGCCUUUUGUGCUGCGGCCGCGGAGCCCCCGAGGGCCCAGUGUUCACCAUCAUACCAGGGGCCAGAGGCGAUGGCUUGCCUCCAUGAGACCCGAACACCCUCUCCUUCCUUUGGGGGCUUCGUGUCUACCCUAAGUGAGGCAUCCAUGCGCAAGCUGGACCCAGACACUUCUGACUGCACUCCCGAGAAGGACCUGACGCCUACCCAGUGUGUACUUCGAGAUGUGGUACCCCUUGGUGGGCAGGGUGGGGGAGGGCCCAGCCCCUCCCCAGGUGGAGAGCCGCCCCCUGAGCCUUUUGCCAACAGUGUCCUGCAGCUACAUGAGCAGGAUGCAGGGGGCCCAGGGGGAGCAGCUGGGUCACCUGAGAGUCGGGCAUCCAGAGUUCGAGCUGACGAGGUGCGACUGCAGUGCCAGAGUGGCAGUGGCUUCCUUGAGGGCCUCUUUGGCUGCCUGCGCCCUGUCUGGACCAUGAUCGGCAAAGCCUACUCCACUGAGCACAAGCAGCAGCAGGAAGACCUUUGGGAGGUCCCCUUUGAGGAAAUCCUGGACCUGCAGUGGGUGGGCUCAGGGGCCCAGGGUGCUGUCUUCCUGGGGCGCUUCCACGGGGAGGAGGUGGCUGUGAAGAAGGUGCGAGACCUCAAAGAAACCGACAUCAAGCACUUGCGAAAGCUGAAGCACCCCAACAUCAUCACUUUCAAGGGUGUGUGCACCCAGGCUCCCUGCUACUGCAUCCUCAUGGAGUUCUGCGCCCAGGGCCAGCUGUAUGAGGUACUGCGGGCUGGCCGCCCUGUCACCCCCUCCUUACUGGUUGACUGGUCCAUGGGCAUCGCCGGUGGCAUGAACUACCUGCACCUGCACAAGAUUAUCCACAGGGAUCUCAAGUCACCCAACAUGCUAAUCACCUACGACGAUGUGGUGAAGAUCUCAGAUUUUGGCACUUCCAAGGAGCUGAGUGACAAGAGCACCAAGAUGUCCUUUGCAGGGACAGUAGCCUGGAUGGCCCCUGAGGUGAUCCGCAAUGAGCCUGUGUCUGAGAAGGUCGACAUCUGGUCCUUUGGCGUGGUGCUGUGGGAACUGCUGACUGGUGAGAUCCCCUACAAAGACGUAGAUUCCUCAGCCAUUAUCUGGGGUGUGGGAAGCAACAGUCUCCAUCUGCCCGUGCCCUCCAGUUGCCCAGAUGGCUUCAAGAUCCUGCUUCGCCAGUGCUGGAAUAGCAAACCGCGAAAUCGCCCAUCAUUCCGACAGAUCCUGCUGCAUCUGGACAUUGCCUCAGCUGAUGUACUCUCCACACCCCAGGAGACUUACUUUAAGUCCCAGGCAGAGUGGCGGGAAGAAGUAAAACUGCACUUUGAAAAGAUUAAGUCAGAAGGGACCUGUCUGCACCGCCUAGAAGAGGAACUGGUGAUGAGGAGGAGGGAGGAGCUCAGACACGCCCUGGACAUCAGGGAGCACUAUGAAAGGAAGCUGGAGAGAGCCAACAACCUGUAUAUGGAACUUAAUGCCCUCAUGUUGCAGCUGGAACUCAAGGAGAGGGAGCUGCUCAGGCGAGAGCAAGCUUUAGAGCGGAGGUGCCCAGGCCUGCUGAAGCCACACCCUUCCCGGGGCCUCCUGCAUGGAAACACAAUGGAGAAGCUUAUCAAGAAGAGGAAUGUGCCACAGAAGCUGUCACCCCAUAGCAAAAGGUGGGACAUGAAUACUGUGGUUCCAAUAUGGCAAGAGGGAUACCGAAGUGGCAACAGGCCAGAUAUCCUCAAGACGGAGUCUUUGCUCCCUAAACUAGAUGCAGCCCUGAGUGGGGUUGGGCUUCCUGGGUGUCCUAAGGGCCCCCCCUCACCAGGAAGGAGUCGCCGUGGCAAGAUCCGUCACCGCAAGGCCAGCGCCAAGGGGAGCUGUGGGGACCUGCCUGGGCUUCGUACAGCUGUGCCACCCCAUGAACCUGGAGGACCAGGAAGCCCAGGGGGCCUAGGAGGGGGACCCUCAGCCUGGGAAGCCUGCCCUCCCGCCCUCCGUGGGCUUCAUCAUGACCUCCUGCUCCGCAAAAUGUCUUCAUCGUCCCCAGACCUGCUGUCAGCAGCACUAGGGUCCCGGGGCCGGGGGGCCACAGGCGGAGCUGGGGAUCCUGGCUCACCACCUCCGGCCCGGGGUGACACCCCACCAAGUGAGGGCUCAGCCCCUGGCUCCACCAGCCCAGAUUCACCUGGGGGAGCCAAAGGGGAACCACCUCCUCCAGUAGGGCCUGGUGAAGGUGUGGGGCUUCUGGGAACUGGAAGGGAAGGGACCUCAGGCCGGGGAGGAAGCCGGGCUGGGUCCCAGCACUUGACCCCAGCUGCACUGCUGUACAGGGCUGCCGUCACCCGAAGUCAGAAACGUGGCAUCUCAUCGGAAGAGGAGGAAGGAGAGGUAGACAGUGAAGUAGAGCUGACAUCAAGCCAGAGGUGGCCUCAGAGCCUGAACAUGCGCCAGUCAUUAUCUACCUUCAGCUCAGAGAAUCCAUCAGAUGGGGAGGAAGGCACAGCUAGUGAACCUUCCCCCAGUGGCACACCUGAAGUUGGCAGCACCAACACUGAUGAGCGGCCAGAUGAGCGGUCUGAUGACAUGUGCUCCCAGGGCUCAGAAAUCCCACUGGACCCACCUCCUUCAGAGGUCAUCCCUGUUCCUGAACCCAGCUCCCUGCCCAUUCCACACCAGGAACUUCUCAGAGGAGAGCAGGGCCCUCCCAAUUCUGAGGACUCAGACUGUGACAGCACUGAAUUGGACAACUCCAACAGCGUUGAUGCCUUGCGGCCCCCAGCUUCCCUCCCUCCAUGAAAGCCACUCAUAUUCCUUGUACAUAGAGAAAUAUUUAUAUAAAUUAUAUAUAUAUACA